AACAACAACUAUGUUGUCGAAGGAAAAAUAUUCUGUUCUUUUGCCGACAUAUAAUGAGCGAGAAAACCUUCCCCUCAUUAUUUGGCUGCUUGUCAAGUAUUUCAACGAAAGUGGCAUUGCAUAUGAGAUCAUUGUAAUCGAUGAUGGGAGCCCAGAUGGUACUUUGGAUGUUGCCAAGCAGUUGCAAAAAAUUUAUGGAAAUGAUAAAAUAGUUUUGCGUCCUCGUGAGAAGAAGUUGGGCCUUGGAACUGCCUACAUUCAUGGUGUGAAGUAUGCUACUGGUACCUUCAUCAUCAUCAUGGAUGCUGAUCUCUCUCAUCAUCCAAAGUUUAUUCCGGAGUUGAUUGUCAAACAGAAGGAGGGAGAUUAUGAUGUGGUGUCUGGUACACGCUAUAGAGGCAAUGGUGGUGUAUAUGGAUGGGAUUUGAAAAGAAAAAUUAUAAGCCGAGGAGCAAAUAUACUUGCUCAGAUAUUGUUGCGACCUGGUGCUUCAGAUUUGACAGGCAGUUUUAGACUUUACAGGAAAGAAGUGCUUGAGAAGUUGGUCAACAGCUGUGUUUCCAAAGGCUAUGUGUUUCAGAUGGAGUUGUUGGUGAGAGCAAGGCAGUUUGGAUUCACGAUUGGGGAGGUACCUAUCACGUUUGUGGAUCGUGUCUAUGGAGAAUCUAAACUUGGAGGAAAUGAGAUGAUUCAGUAUGCAAAAGGACUCUUGACUUUAUUUGCUACAACAUGAUACAGUUGCAAUAAGCAAACCUUGUAACGAAUCCUGGAUUCUUAGAAUCAUUUAUCAUCCUCUGUCUUCGUUAGGUGCAUUAUGCAAUAUUGUUCAACUAAAAAAUCUGCUCUUAGUCUAGAAUUCUUGCACAUCUUAACAGACGAUUUUCAGUAUGUUGCCAUGUAUACGUAGGUGCCCAUUUAAAUCCUGACUGGAUAAGUCAUUUAAAGUGCUAUUGCAGUUUUACUUAAUGAAAUUAUAGUACAUUAUCUUGACAUGUAAAUUAUUUCUGAAAUAAAAUAUGGUGUUAAGCAGA